UUUUAAAAAACUUUCUAGAAGAAGCUCAACCAAAUGCCAACAUCUUUGCGCUUGCUCGGUCCAGUUAUGUUUUGUCACCUUCAGAUCAGUGUCAAAAGCAAUAUGGCGGGUAUAAUUCGAAAUAUUUUGCAGUGCAGACUGUGCAGUCGCUUUUCAAACGUUAGUUGUAGACAAUUCUUAACUAGGACAACGUUUACGUUGGUAAGAAAAUACGCUUGUUAUUAUAAACCGUAAUUUUGUAAUGUUGUAGGCACUAUACAAAUAAUAUCAGGGAUUGGCUGAGGGAUUGCCUUUCCAUGGGCUAUAUUAAUUAAGGAGAUGGCCUGGCCACUGGCCUAAUUUUGUCAGAAUAUUAAGGCACAGAAUGUAACGUACUCAGUACACUAAUUGUACAACUGUACAGUCUGACAUAGUCAAACUUGUAUUGACGUAAAUGCCACUCUUGUGAAUUUCAAAAGGAACAAGGUUGGGUCGACAGCCUAAUGUAGUAGGGGCGUGGUCAAACGGCAAUAUUAGAGAGAAAUGUACAUUACUUGGUUACUGCCAUAAUUCUCCACAUUUUGAGUCCCAUUUCAUGCCUCAGAACACUUACUGGAACCUACCAAUAGACGUUUUUAAAAAGUCUGCCUUGUGAUGUACUAGAAACUACUAGUUUGCAGUUAAGAUUGGUCAAAUGAUUGUAUUUAUCUGCAAACUAUGUUACAAGCAGGCUUUUUUCAGGAUUUUCUCUUGGGUCCGUUUUUGCAGAAAAGAUUGAGUUUAGCUGAACAGCUGGGGGUCUUGAGGCGGCUGUCUCCCCCACCCUACCGGGAGGCUGAAACCUGUACCCACUUUAGUGUAGUUGAGAUGCAAUGUGUUAAAGCAGGGGCACUGAGGGACACUAUAAACUGGUUAAAGAUGGUGAAUGCAUUGUUUUUCUUGUGUUGUGAAAUGAAUUCCAGCCAUUUUUUACUUAAUUUUCGGGUUUCCAACUGAAAACUAAUUUGCACACAUCAUGAACUUAACUCAAACAACUUUUUUUUACUGCACAGAAUCUUUUGAUGAGAAGAUUGAGUUUCAAAACUCAGUUCAAGAUUGAGUUUUUGGGGCCGUUUUAUGGCCCUAAAAAAUCCUUGAAAAAACCCCUGACAAGGCAGACUUUUUGAAAAGGUCUAUAGCCCCUUCCGGUCUAUGUCACUUUGGCUAGAAAGCCUCAUUUUUGCGAUUUGAAAGGUUUGGAUUUAAAUAAUCUCACACGAAAUUGAGGCUGUAUAGCCAAAUAAUCCAGAAGGGUGUAUUGAACUUUACAAUUCUAUCCACCACAGCGAAAUUCUCAACAGAUAUUAAUGAGAACACUCACUACAAAAUACAGUCAAGACAUAAUCUUAUAUGAAUACCAACGACAUGGAUUUUAUAAAAUUCUUGGCUUGGCAACGCUGAGUCAGCUGGUUUUCUGGAGUUAUAUGUCCUAUGUGAUGUACGCUUACAUACGUCCAGCUACACAGAUGCUUCAAGAACACGCGCUGAAGGAUAGGACUGCUGAAAAUCAAAAUGAACUUAAGGAAUUCAAAUAUUUUCCUAAGUUUUUACUAGAUUCAAAGGUAAGGUUACAAAAAUCCCAAACAUGAGAGUUCAGUGUAGGUAGUACUUUCUGAAAUAAGCUGUUGUGUCUGAACUACACAAGUAAAAAUGUACAAGUUGUAACAAAAUAUAAAACAACAGUAACUUGUAACAAACCUGCAGCAGACUUGUAGCAAUGCUGUGUUCCAACAACUUGUCAACAGAAUGUGUUCACACUGCUUGUUCCCAGCUUGUUGACCACUUGCUACAAGGUUGUUGAGCUCAACAGAAUCUACAAGUUGUUCCAACAACUUGUUAUCAUCCUGCAAUUCAACAAUUUGUCAACAAGUUGUGAGUGACAACCUUGUAGCAACUUGAUAAAAUAGCAGCAUUGUUACAACUUGUUGACAAGCCUGUUGUGAACACAUCUUGUUGACAAAUUGUGAGAUUUUUACAUGUGUAGACAAUUUAAGAAUGGGAAAAGCUGAAGACAUCAAGUGCCCCUCCAACUUUCUAUUUCCUUGAUUAAGCCCUCCCCACCACUAAUCCCCCUUCCUACUCCCCCUCCUACUCCCAGGGGCUUACACUGGAGGUUUACAGAACUUUAUGUUUAAUAAUGAUAUUAAAUUAUUUUAAUUUAACCCAGAUGCAAACAGGACUAUCUAUUGCUUCUCUUGGAAUGGGCGUUUUAUUUUUCUUUACCGGUUGUAUAUAUGCUUUACGGUUAGUACAUAUUGUGUUUCUUUUUUCAACUAAAUCGGGCCUCAAAACCCUCGCAAAUUAUAAUGGUCCUCUUUUCAUAUUUAGGUCAGUCAAUCAACUCGUUCUGAUUCGGAAUGGCGCACGUAUUAUCGUGAGAACGUAUACACCUUUCGGUACCGCGAAACAAUUUAGCGUUCCGCUCGCUGAUGUGUCUUGUUUAGGAUCAAGGCUUGGUAUGUAUUACGCUUCUGCUUUUCGAAUAGCGGAUUACUGAUUAGCGGAUUACUGAUCAGCGGAUUAUUGAUCAGCGGAUUAUUGAUUAGCGGAUUACUGUCAAUUUCUUGAAACGAUUUAAUUGAUUUGUGAGCUCACGAGAAAAUACUCAGAAUGCUUUAGCUAAAUAUCAUGGUUAAAUAUGUAAACAUGUCGAGGUUGUUAUACAGCCAUAUUUUCAAAUAUACUGUACUUUAACAAGCAAAUUUACUGUACUGUGUUACAGCAACUGUCCAGUCACGCAUACGUGUUAAAAAUCCGAUAUAAACUUUAAAAACAUAAGAUAAUGUAAAACGUUUCAGAACGGCGAACAUGCAGAUUCGGCCAUCUCAAAUAAUACAGUAAUGUUGGGAUAGUAGCGUUGUAGACUGCAGAGGAGAGUGGGCAGUAAGGCUCCCUCAUGCACCACCCACCUUGCAGAUGAGGCUAGAUCCCCCUGCAUUAAAUUAUAAGAUUUGCAAAAUAUAACCAAAUCGUCGUUUUCCAUACGAACACAAUACAAUCACAUUUUUCUCUUCCCUUAUAGAUGAAAAGCCGUUUUUCGUUUUCAAGAUAAAGAAUCAUCGUUUUUACUACAUGAUUGAUAAACGUGGACAGUUUUUACAGCCAACACUAUUUGAUACAACUGUGGGCUUGAAACGCUGGAACGUGUAACAAACAGCAGCAAAAUGUUUAUGUCGUUGUGUUCCGUUAUGUAAUAUGUAUGCGUCUUUGGUUAUACAAAAGUAGUCAUUGUCUAUAUACAAAAAUAUCAUUUAACCAUGAAGAAAUUUUAAAGCUAUCUAUAGUACGUAUUUAGUUAAAAUACCCUAUGACGUAAAGGCUAUAUUGCCUAUAUAAAUAUACAGUAUUUAAUUAACUAUCUAUACAUAUUAUUUUGUAGUUUUGUAUAGUAAUAUACUAUUAUUUUUGACAUUCAAAACCACAUUUUCAGCCAGAAAAUUUGAGUUUCUGACACAGACAAACAGACACACAUUAAUUAAACAAAUUCUCAAUUCAAAAACAUUAUCAGACUAGCUCUGCUAAAUAAAUAAAAUAAACUGUUCUAUGAAAUUUGUUAAAUUAUAAAGUAUAAUGACACGCUUCAUCUAACCAGGCUGAAGUCGAACUGAAUUUGCUCUGGACCU